GACCUCAUCUCGUGGUGGGGCGACAACGAAGACGACGGACAGAGAGCGACAACUCGGGAACUCAGACAGGACGCGAGAGAGGAGAGAGAGCGACCACAGGAAAACGGUACUUCGAAACUGGUUGAAACCGGCCCCGCGGCGACGGUACCAUGGCAUCAGCAUCAGUAUCUCCGGGCCCGUCGUCGCAUUCGGGUCUCGAGUCUGAGUUUCCUCAGCACCCGGACUCGACAGGAGAGCUUGAUGAGGCCUUUUGGACGGCCAUCAGCAACCCCAGCUCCGGCUCACUCGGGCUCCUCUCUAGCCCGGCAGGCAGCUUAGGGAGCUCGUGGGCCGUCUUGGGAAAUGGGCAGAUCGUGGAGAUGCAACCAUCGCCGGCGGCUCUGCCGUCGCCCCUGAACGCCGACCUCGACCGGUUGAGCCCCUAUCCGGCGGCCGUCGACCAGAGCAGGAGCGGUGUGUACGGCAGCGUCAACAUGUUCCAGGGGUUGGAGAACCACGGGCUGGACUUCUUGACCCGUCCCGAGGCGCCAACGGAGCUCGCGUCCGCGCAGUUCGACGGCGAGGUGUUUGAUCCCGUGUUCAACCACUUCUCUUCGAGCAGCAUCCUUGAAGAACAGCAGCCCGCCGAGGCGGCCGGCUUCGAGAACCCGCAGGCGGCCGUCGACGUGCCACCGUGGGAGCCCGUCCAUCUCGGGCAUGGCAGCGGAGAUGGCAACGGGGACGGCAGCGGGAUCGGUCGCACCAGCAGCAACCCAAAACCCCCCGUGUCCGCCCCCGCUCCCGCCCCCGCUCCCGCCCCCGUUCCCGUUCCCGUUCCCACGACCGCCGCCAACGAAGCGUCCCCGAUCUUCAUCAUCGAGGACCCGGGCUUCACGUCGCAAUCUCCAUCCCACACCUACUCCCCCUCCCUCCACUCCGCCUCGGCCAGCCCGCCCGGCAGCGCCAGCCCGCAGUCCCCGGCCGCGCCGAUCCAGUUCGAACAGGGCCUCCCCCCCGCCGACCGUCUCAGGCGGCCUCGGACGACGUCGUCGACAUUGGCAUCCAGCGCUCCGAAAGCGAUCCCGGCGCCCCGCAAGCUCAACGCCGGCAACCGGGUGCAGAAGCGCAGGAGCCAGCCGUCCACGGCCUUGCACUCCUCCCCCCCGACGACGACGACGACGACGACCACCUCCACCUCUCCCUCACACACUUCCCCACGCUCGAUAUCAUCAUCAUCAUCGUCAUCGUCAUCGUCAUCGUCAUUGGCAUCGGCAUCGGCAUCGGCAUCGGCAUCGGCAUCGGCAUCGGCAUCGGCAUCGGCAUCGGCAUCGGCAUCGGCAGCCACGGCGGCGUCCAAGUUCCUCAUCGUCACGCCGUCGUCCAUCACGCUCAACUCGGCGGCGCAGCCCAACGUGAACCCGUUCGACUGCCUGGACGCGCUCUCGCGGGGGCCGACGCAGCGGGGGCGCAAGGGCCCGCUGGCGAGCGACACGAAACAGUCGGCGCUGGUGGUGCGGCGGAUGGGCGCCUGCUUCAGCUGCCACGCGCGCAAGGUGCGGUGCGACAAGGAGCGGCCGUGCCGGAGCUGCGUGCGGCUGGCCGGCAGCGUGCCGCAGGUCGUGUGCUGGCAGUUUGCCGACUUCACCGCCGUCCUGUUCCCGGGCUUCCUGCGCGCCCACCUCAAGCGCGACGAGGUCGCCCGCUUCGUCGACGGCUGCGUCGCCUCCUUCUCCGUCGCCGGCGCCGAGGUCCCCUGCACCGUCGAGCUCGUCUCCGGCGCCGGCUUCGGCCGCCGCACCGUCCUCGAGCUCCGCGCCAAGUUCUUCACCGCCCGCUCCGCCGACGCGCUGCAGCACUGGCACGCCACCGUCGGCAGGAACGGCAUGGACCUCUUCUCGCGCGGGGCGGCGCCCAUCGCGCUCGAGGUCCCCAAGGAAGGUGGGGGGGCCGGUACUACUACUACAAUUACUAAUACUACUACUACUACUGGUACUGGUACUGGUACUGGUACUGGUACUGGUACUACUACUACUAGUAGUAGUACGACCACAACCACGGCCGGGGACGGGCAGAGGGCGGAGCUCAAGCGGCGGCUGCGCGAGUACAUCCAGGCGAUGGUGGACGAGCCGCGGUUCGCGGAGCUGGUGACGCCGGAGCCGCAGCACACGGAGCUGCCGCGCCGGGUGCUCGGGAUCGUGCACGAGUACGCGGGCCGGAGCGACGUGCCGAUGGUGCGGCGGGCGCUGUCCAUCUACGCCAUGCACUUCGUCAUGACGCGGCACCUCUGCCUGUCGCCCAAGAGCGUGGCCGAGCUGGGGCCGACCGGGCUGGUGCCCCAGGGGGUCCCCUGGGUGACGCCGCGGGUGCUGAACCGGCAGGUCAAGGCGGUCGUGGACGAGAUGAUGUGCCGCGAGAUGCAGCUGCUCUUCGAGAACUUCGGCAAGUCGCUCAAGCCCAAGCUGCGCCGCGAGUGGGCCCCCUGCCUGGCCUCCUUCCUGGUCCUCUGCCUCUUCAUGGAGUCGGUCGAGACGGCCGCCGACCUGUUCGUCGUCACGGACAACGAGAUCAACCUGCGCCACCACUACUCGCCCGCCUGGAAGCGCUCCUUCGUCCUCGGCGUCAACCGCGAGAUCGAGAACAUGCCGUUCAAGCAGUUCGCCUUCCAGUUCCACCAGAUCUACCAGACCCACUCGCGCGACGCCGCCUCCCGCAGCUUCAACCCCCUCGUCGACGACGCCUGCUUCGACCUGGGCGAGCUCGACCAGGACGCCGCCGACAUGGUGCGCCAGUUGAGGCGCUUCAUCCAUGAUGAUUGUAAGUCUUGGGGCUUCCCUCUCUCUCCCCCCCUUUUCUCUCUCCCCCCCCUUUCUCUCUCUCCCUCCCCUUCCCCUUCGAAGUCGAUGCUGACCGCGGCAGGGUCUGAGCUGGACUAUUUGACGGCAGACCCGAUCCUGCCCAACAUCGAGGACCAUCCUUAUCCCCGCAACGUGGCCUACAACUACACCGGCCGGCUGGUUGCCAAGUUCCUACUCUCCUUCACCGACGAGAAGUACAUCUUUGACGGGAGGACGUAAAGGAGGGGGGGAUCAGUCUCGAUCUGUCAAUUUGUUGCAUGUGGAAUUUUCUGGCGAUGAACGAGUUACCAUGAAGGAAUGCGGUGGAUAGAUAUGUGCAUCAUACCCUCAUACCCUU